CAGAUAAGGUUAGGGGGUUACGGUGGUGAGGGACAAAUAUUUGUUUGUAUCGGCAGGAAAUCGUUUCAUUCAAAAUUUGAAGUUUUACAGCAUGUCAUAAAACCGCUGAUGGUCCCACAUCCAAAAAACAAUGGGAACUGUUCAGGCCAAGGAAGCUCCAAGAAAUCCCAUAGACAUUAGUGGAUUAAACAAUCGGAGAUCUGAGAAUUCUCCCAAAGCUGAUAGUAAAAAAAAUGCACCAUCCAACAAGCAGGCGCAACCUACAUACCCUGCAGCAAAAUUUAAAACUGUCAGGGCACGUGUUGAUAAGGUUAAUAUUGAGGGACUAAGUCGAACAAAGGAUGACAUCAUCAUAGAGAGUAUACAGCCCCUGUUCUCUGCUGGUGAUUUUGUUGAAGUACUUAAGCAGGCACAUGAAAUUCGAGAAAGAUUAGUAGGCUUAGGGUGCUUCAAUAAUGUCCGGAUCUAUAUUGAUACCAGUUCAGGGAAAGCUGCAACCCCAGAUGGUCUUGAGGUAACUUUCCAUGUGAGUGAGAUGAGAAGAUUAACAGGUGCCAUUAAUACAUUAUUUGGUAGCAAUAAUGAAGGGUCGGUUGCAUUAAGUAUGCGUCUUCCUAACUUGAUGGGAAGAGGUGAACGUAUUCAGGCCGAGUGUAGCUAUGGCAAUCGCCGAACUUCUAACUACAAUUUUGGCUUUGUGAAACCAUUGAGAGGUCGUUCUAAUGCCUUCUUCACCACUUCAGUUUUUCAACAUUUUACCGAACAACCUGCAUCAGGAUACAAGGAAAUUGAUCGUGGUCUUCUUUUUGAUCUUGCUUUCACCUCAGCACCCUUGGUCCGUCAUAAUUUGCAAUGGGAGACAACAUGGAGAGAUCUAUCCGUCCUAAACCGAACAACAGCUUUCGAAAUUCGAGAAAUGUCUGGUCCAAGUUUAAAGGGAUCACUUCGCCACAUACUUUCAGUUGAUCGAAGAGAUCAAGCAAUCUUUCCCCGCAGUGGUACGCUAUGGCGUAUUACAACAGAAUAUGCUGGCAUUGGAGGCAAUGUAAACUUUUUGAAGAAUGAAGCACAGUUUCAAGCCAACAUUCCAUUAUCGAACGAUGUGGUAUUUCAAGCAACCCUUCAUGGUGGCAUGUUGAAAUCUAUUGGAAACACCAAACCUCCUAGCUUAUGUGACCACUUCUUUUUAGGUGGUCCUCUAUCACUACGCGGGUUUGAAUCCAGAGGCGUAGGCCCGCAAGCAGGGCGCAAUGCUCUUGGGGCAUCAACAUACUGGGCAGGAGGCCUCCACUUGUAUUCGCCUUUGCCUUUCAUAAAGCCUGGUGGCUUUGCGGACUUGUUCCGAGCCCAUCUGUUCCUGAAUGCUGGCAAUAUUGGGAACUUUGAAUUUACUGAUGACUAUAAUCAUAAUUUGGAGGUGCUGGGGCAGAACAUGCGACUUGCAUAUGGUCUUGGUAUUGCCAUGAAAUUAGGUGAUAUAGCCAGAGUAGAGUUGAAUUACUGUUUACCACACAUGUAUCAACGCACAGAUGCCAUCAACAAAGGGUUGCAGUUUGGAAUAGGAUUUGAUUUUCUGUGAUACAAUGUUUCAUACUAGGUACAUUGUAUUCUCCUAGUCAAUUGUUUGGCAAUGCUUGUGCUGCAGUGUGCUGGCUGUUAAUAAACAGUUCCUGGUUUCCUACCACAUUUAGAAAUUUAAA